AUGAGCAGUGUCGUUGAGUUGAAGUCGCUCGUCAAGGGCCUCAAUGGCGCCUCAUCCGGCGAGGAAAUUCUCGGUAUCUUGAAGACGCUCAAGCAGGAAGCAAAGAUCACCGAGGCGAUCCUCAGAGAAAGCAAGGUGGGGUUGGCGGUGGGAAAGCUGCGCUCACACGCCUCCAAAGAUGUCUCGGACUUUGCAAAAGACCUUGUCAAGGUCUGGAAGACCGAGGUUGAGCGACAAAAACAAAGCAAUGGCGGCGGCAAUGCGAAAGCGGCCAAUGCGAAAGAGAAGCCACUUGCGACACCUUCACGUACACCAUCAACACCUCUGACACCCACAAUGUCCUCCGUUGGCUCGAAGGGAGAGCUGCGGACUUCGAAGACCGACGGCAUCAGCACUGAUGUCACUGGUGACAAGACACGAGACAAGUGCGUCGAGCUUCUUUACGACGCUCUUGCUUCCGACUCGGGUGCACCGAGCGAGUUGAUAAUGUCGCGCGCGAAGGCUAUCGAGAGUACCGUUAUCUCUGAGUUCGGCGGCACAACAGGGCCGUACAAGGCAAAGAUUCGAUCGUUCUUCGUUAACUUGAAGGACAAGAACAACCCGGGCCUCCGCGAGGGCGUUGUGAGCGGCGAUCUGCCCAUACACCGAUUCUGCAAGAUGACCAGCCAGGAAAUGGCAUCGGAAGAGCGAAAGGCAGCGAACAGCAAAAUUAUGGAAGACAAUCUCUUCAAGGCGCUUGGUGCGGGAGAAGUCCAGGCGGAAACAGACGCGUUCCAGUGUGGACGCUGCAAGCAGAGAAAGUGCCGUUACCGCCAAGCUCAGACACGAAGUGCCGAUGAACCGAUGACAACAUUCGUAACCUGUACUGUAUGUAACAACAGAUGGAAGUUCUCCUAAGCUACAACUCCUCAUAAUUACCGCCUGAUAAUCUUCUUUGAAUCGUUGGACUACCAGCACGCAGUCUGGCCAUCGCGUCGAUUGCGAAGUCUCCUCGUAUACGUUUCUUUAUGCUCUCGCAGGAUUUCUCCUGGUUAUGUAUGUCUUCAUGUAGGUAGUCAUUCUGGUCUCGUAGGGUGCUUUGCGCCUUACAGGAAUCUGUUCGCUUGCUCAGAAUCUUCUGACGAGUGGUAUGCAUCUGCGGACG